AUGCUUCUCAACCUCCAAAGUAAAAUCAUCAUCGCAUUCCUCACAUCAUCAAUACAUGCACAAAAAACUCAAAUAUGUGAUCCCACCGUAAACGCAACAACCAAUUCCGGACGAUAUACUUUCUUCUCCGAUGUAGUAACUACCGAUAAUAGCGAGUAUCAAUGCACAGACUUCACCCUCGCCGACGACACCAGCACCAACACCACGCAAUUUACCACCACCUUCUCCUGGUCCGAAAAAGACACCAACACCUCAACCCCUCAUUCCUUCCCCUCUCUAUCCCUCAAUCUCCCCUCCGUCCUCCCCAUCCCCAUCUCCAACAUUUCCCUCUUCCCCCUAACCAACAACUGGGCCUUAUAUCCUGGUAAUCCCAUCCCCAGUAUAACCAGCACCUCUAUCAGCUCUCUAAAAAACGCCUCUGUAACCGCCUCUUGUUAUCUAAACAUCUAUCUCGAUCUCAAUUCCAGCCUGUCUCAAACCCCUUCUUUCGCUGCGACUAAAAUCUCUAUCUGGCAGGCGAAUUACGGGGGUGUGGUACCAGAGGGUUAUUAUUCUAAUCGUGCGACGAUAUCACGUCCUGUGAUCGACUUGGCGGGUAUUGCUUAUACGUUGUAUACAUUUCAAAAUACACCCUUAUCCUCAUCCUCUUCUCCAUCUCUCCCUCUAUCUUCCUCUUCAUCUCUAAGUAAUACCACCACACAAACCCACACCUCUGCACUCCCGCUCGUCCCCCAAACCAUCUACACCUGGUAUCCAAAUACAAACGUAACGACAUUAACAGCGAUGGAUAUAUCACCUUUGCUUAAUUUUCUCUGGCGCGAAGUAUAUCUUUCGAGUGAGACGUAUGUGGGGUUUGUGGAGUGGGGAUUGGAGAUGAGGGAAAGUAAAGAGAAUGUUUCGUGGGAUGUGUAUGAUGUGGGGAUGGAUGUGAGAAGGGGGACACCGGUUAAGGCUGUGGGGACGGGGGCCGGCGGGAAGGGAGAGGGAGGUGGGGAGGGGGGAGAUGCUGGCAUUGGUGGGGUUGGUGGUGGGGGGUGUGGUGUUGUUUGGGUGAGUGGUUGGUGUGGGGAGGAUGAGGGAGGGGAGGAUGAGGGAGGGGAGGGGGAGGAGGGAGAAUGGGGUGGUUUUUUGGUAGAUAGAGGAGAGGUGUUAUAUUUAAACUUAUAA